AUGAACAACAAGUCAAGGUUCCCGUAUUCACCUGGGUAUCUCAAACCGUCACAGACCUCUCCGAGUCGUGUGCUCAAAGCAUGCGAUAGGUGUAGAUUGAAGAAGACCAAGUGCGAUGGCAAAAGACCGUGCAGCCGAUGUGAAGCUGAAGACACGGUUUGUUCGUUUGCGAUGCCCAAGAAGUUUCGCAAUGUUGUGCAUCCCAAAGGAUCUGUGGAGAUGCUCUUGCAACAGCAGGAAUGGCUCGUAUCCGGCCUUCUUGAGCUUUACAGGCGUACGCAGCUCGCCUGCGGCCCAUCAAACGAAUUACAACUUGAGAGCAAGAGUGGCCUUCCUUCUGUCCACCACAUUUUGGAGCAGCUAGGUAUUUUGGAAGAGAAUCAUAGCUAUGCUGCUCCUGAGUCCGCAAUGGCAGCGAGUCCUAGGCAACGCAUCUGUGAGCCACCUGGUGAUACAUAUAAGACGACACUUUAUUCCGCAAACAAUGAUACUGCUGAUGGUCACUUCGGUAUAUUUGACAACGACAACGGACCAUCCUAUCAGGCUUCUGCGCCUCCAGGAACCGGUAAUAUGGAUCAGUAUGCUACAUUCUUCGAAUUCCACGGCACGGUUCAGAAAGCUCAGUCCGUGCUGUCGAGUCAACAUUCUGACCCAGGGCCCUCGUGGGAUUUUGAUCUUACAUCAGGGCUGGAUCAGUCUAUUGGAGAAGUCCUGUCCCCCGAGGUUCAAGCGGCCUUCGAAAUUCCUCUGCCACCGGCGAUCUAUAAUGAUAGGGGGUGUAUCAUUCCCUCAGAGACCUUUCAUCAGCAGCUUUCGAGAUCUCCAUUAGCGCAAAAUAUGCCAACGGCAAAAUGCACGAAUUCAACUCAUCGCGUCGCUGAGACACUCACUUUUCCAACGUCAAAUGGUCUGGGCCGACUCCACAGGUAG